AUGAUUUCUGGUUCAGUUAAGACUGUCAAUGAACUGUUUACAGAAAAUACUACGGACGAGUUGCAGCGUAUCGUUCGCCAAAAACGGACUGAAGUAGAGCGGAAGAAAGAUGAGCUUCGUCAGCUUGUAGGUGAAAGACAUAGAGACAUCGUUGAUGCAUCUGAUCGAAUAUUGCUAAUGAGAAACUUAACUUUUGAGGUUUCUGGUCUGUUAGAGCAACUAAGGUCAAGUUUAUCAAUUUGGAAUCAAGAUGUGGUGAAGAAAGAUCCUUCGACUGAAACAAAAUCCCAUGAAUUAUCAAUUGCUGCCCAGCUUAAGUUAAUGCUUGAUAUCCCUGAGUUGAUUUGGAAUUAUAUGGACGUAGGACAGCAUGUUUCAUCUGCAAGAAUGUCUUGCCUUGGCAGACACCUGAAUGCUAGGUUAAAUCUAAGUCGUGAAACUCAGCUUUCACACAUAAAUGCAAAGGUGCUUGUCAGCCGAGCGUGGGAUUCCUUGGUGCAUAUGGAAGCAGCUGUAAUUCUAGCGUGUCGCAGGCGACUAUGCGCCCCUCCGUCAACCAGAGAAGAAAUACUUGACUCUCUGGCUGCCUUAGUGGUACUGGAAGAUCUCGAUUUGCCGCAAGUUCUUGAAGAGUAUUUCAAAGCUAGGACGGUCGCAUUAUAUUGUAUUCUGGGUAGAGACCACACAUCACAUCAAGAAGUCACCAAGUUGAAACCUAAUUUUAUACUACCAGUUCGCAAACAACUGUCGUUGAUUAUUCGAUUUAUUUCUUCAACUCUGGAAUACCUAGAGUUUCUUUUUAUGCCAAAUAGCAGUGGUGAAUCUCCUAUUUAUGGUGAAGCUCUACAUACCCAGCUUAUCUCACUCACUGAUCGGAAGUUUCAAGACUCAUCCACCUUCUCCAAAGACCGUCUUUAUACACAUUUGCCUAAUGAUGUGCUCAGUUUUAAGUUGAAGAUGUGUAAAUUUUCCAGCAAUUUAUCUCAUUCCAUACAAGAAGAAGGACACAGCAUAUUGGUAGAUUUAUUACAUAAAAGUUGGAAAACUUGGCGUAAUGAUGCGAUUGAAGCUUGCCAGGGAGUACUUUCGGAGUCCUUAUCUCAUGUUUCUUGUUUCGAAACAUUGGUUGAUUUACGCACAGUCACAUUGGCACUUGUACAAAGACUACAAACGCCCAGUUCAUUAGUUACCAAAACAACUGAUUAUUUUACAGCUACACCUGACUUUAGACAAUUCACGUUUGAUAUUUGGGCAGAAUUGCUUAGUGACUUGUUUUUGCAGAGAUUAAAGGUACUGUUUACCGAAACUUUAGAAGACAGUUUCAAUGAUUGGAUUACACAAUUUGAUGAACUAUUAACGCUAAAUUCAAGAUUGACAGUUCAAAAUGAAGAUUUGGUACCGAAAACACAAUUGAUUAAUAGAUCCUCUUUAAAGAAUCCCGUAGAAGAGGGCCAGAUUGAUUGGGCCGAUUUUGUGUGGUCAGAUGGUAUGCGGGAUAUAAAUGUGAACAGUUCAUCCAUCAUGAAAGAUUCAGUUCUUUGUGAAGCUUCCAGCGGUAAAGAAAGCUUAACAGAAUCAAUUAUUUCUUCGAAAAAUGCUAUUCUAUCUCAUUUAGUUCAGUCAAACAAUGUAGGUUUAGCUGUGUUUUGUUGUCUUGCUUAUACGCCGAUUCCUAACUCGUUUUCAUUGAUGGCAAGUGAAAAGGAGCAGGAUUUAACAUCAUCAUCUCAAUUAUUAGUAUUCCUGCAACGAUUGGUCAGUGAGAAUAUAUCCUCAGCAUCAAACUGUACACAUAUAUCCAGUUUUGGCAAUACAGACUUGGAAAAAAAACUCCACAUUUUAUUGCCUGAUUUACAGUCGUUAUGCGAGAAACUAAACAUGGAUAUUUCGAAUCGUAUUAUUAAAUUGACUUCAAAUGUUGGUCGAGAUUCCUUUGACAUUUGGUCACUUGUUCUGUCAGCACUAGAGAAGUCACUAAAACGGUUAGCAAACUGGAUAACAAACAAAGCCUAUGGAAAGGAAAUAAUAAAUAAUGGUGACUGCCCAGAUGUAUCCCUACUCCUUAAAGUUAACCCAUGCUGCGGCUUACUUCUUUCUCGUGCUUGGUAUGCUUUAGUAGACUGUUGCCCGUCCAUUAUUGCCGCAUCCAUUGCUGCUAUCGGACAAAUUGAAUCAGGUCGUACCAUGAAUGCUGGUUUAGGGAACUCCACCAAUUCGACUAAGUCUACAGAGAAUAUUUCAACCAUAGAAGGUUUAGUGUGGACAAACAUUUCAUUGUUGCGUCGUGGGUGGGAAUCAUUGAGUCAACCCUUAUUUGAAUUGGUCAACCGAAUCACACUUGAUUCCCUGUUGAAUGCCACAGUGAAAAAUUCAGUUUUUGAAGAAUUUAGUGACAAUCUGCGUUUAAUGACUUCAAUUAGAUUCAAAAAGACCGAUAAUGAAUUUACAAAUUGCACGAAACCAAACCUCUCUUUUAAUGAAGACACAGUUGAAGGUCUUUUGCUGAAAUAUACCACUGUGGAUGUAAUGUUAAGGGGUAUAGUGCCUUUUGAGGAAGUUCAGUUGGAAUUGGAUUCUUCACAAGCAACGGAAGACAUGGAUACUAGUUUAGCAGCUGUCAUACACGUACCUUCACAACUUUCACUACCAAUGCAUCAAAUGCUUCUCAACAUUGUUUAUGUAAUGGAAAAACUUCUUGUGCAUAGACCACUUCAACCACCGUAUAAUCACAUAUUUCUGUCCAAAGUAUGUACCUGCUUUCUCGAUGUUUAUUCCACUGUUGUUGAUGAAUUAUUCUCACAACGUGAUAUUUCUGAUCAACAUUCAGAUGACUCAUCUUUGUGGUUAUCUGAUUCGUUACAAAAAUUGAUACAAACUCGAGCUUUACAAAUUAUCUUCGAUUUGAAAUUUCUUCAACGUUUACUCGUUUCAUCUGUUUUUGUUAGUGAAGCCAAUCUUUUUCAGAAAAGCCAAACAGACGCUUCAUCAAAAAAUGUUCAAACUAGUGUGCAAGGAUUAAUAUCUCGUUUGGAGACACUUGUUGAUCCUUUUGAUUGGAAUGUUUGUGCUUCUCGUCUAAGUCGUAAUGUCACAAAUGCAAUCACAUCUACCUAUCAUUUGUAUGCUCCUAUUAUUGGGUCAAGUUCAUUCUCACAGAUCGAAACUUUAAGAGGUGUUAAGUCAUCUUCAAAAGAGGAGGACUGGAAACAUUUAUUCGAAACAAAUUUAGUUAUCGUUCAUUUUCUACGCACCGUGCCUUAUCUGUGA